AUGGACGGAAAAACGAUUUAUACGCUGUUCGGCACCGGAUACGACAACUCUCACGAGCCGAAGCCGCUGGUGAACGAGAAGGGCACGAUCCUGGGUGUCGCCAUCACCUUCGAGGUCGUCGCAUGGAUAUGUGUCGCCUUUCGUAUGUACACGCGGGGGAUGGUGGUUAAGGCUCUGGGAUGGGACGAUCUUUUCGUCGUAUUAUCGCUGUUGACGACAACAACUGGCACGAUCGGUGCUUGUGUUUCGACUUCGUUUGGCUUGGGCAAGCAUCUCUACGAACUAACAGCUUCAGACGUGCAAAACUAUCUCUGCACAUUUUACAUCACGAGUGCCUCCUACCAGAUGUCGACAGCCUUCAUCAAACUAUCCCUGCUCUUCCAGUACGUCCGUAUCUACGACCAGCCCGGCUUCCUCCGCAGCGCCUGCAAAGCCAUGAUCCUCUUCACCGGACUCUGGGCCAUCGCCUACAGCUUCCUCGGCUGGAUCCCCUGCUACCCGAUCCGCGCCUACUGGGACUGGCAAGUCCCCGCCGCCCGCUGGGGCUACGGCUCCCUCAACGCCGACAUCUUCUACGGCACCUACGCGAGCCACGCCGCCCUGAACGUCAUCCUCGACCUCCUCGUCCUCGCGAUCCCCGUCCCCCUCUACUUCAAGCGCGACGCCACGCUCAAGUCCAAGCUCGGCCUGCUCGUCCUGCUCACCAUCGGCCUCAUCGUCAACGCCAUCUCGAUCGUCCGCCUCAUCUCCGUGGUCCAGCACAAGGCCGCGACCCUGCCGACCCUCGACUACACGUGGUACGCCCCGAUCAGCGUCGUCAUCGCCUGCGUCGAGGUCGAUCUGGCCAUGGUGGCGUGCAGCGUGCCCAUCUUCUGGCCCGUGUUGCGGAAGCAUUUCGGAGAUUUCGGAGACGGCAUCUUUGUCACCAAGGAGAUUGAGGUCACGCGCGAGGCCAGGCGGUUGGAGAGUGUCGAGCUGGACGACGACUUGGAGAUGGAGCCGGACAGGAGGUCAAGGGUUGGGAGUGAGGCGAGCCUGCGACAGGAAUCGCGGGCGCCGCCGAAUGGGCGGUAUCUGGACGAGUUCGUGGUGCGGCAGGUUGACCCGUUGGCGAGGAGUAAGAGUGUGGUGACACAGAUCAAGACGGGUGAGGCCGAGGUGGAAGAUGCCAAAUGGUGGAAUAAAGGAAGGCUAGAAUAA